GACCAGCCUCUUUCUAACAAAACACAACGCCGAGAGUCUUCUCAGUAUCAAAGGCUAUUAUCAAUAACAUCGAUCGACUCCGGGGCCUAAUACGGAGAAAGAACAUGUACCAGGAAGGAAUCGCAUGAGAUGGAAUGUUCUUGAAAUGCUGCGUCAUCGCUGAAGCUGCGUGAGUACAGUAUAGUCUCAUUCCAGGAUGGAGGCCUUCAAAAUACUGCCUGUGCUGAAGAAGAAACUGGCCUUCCUGUCAGGAGGCAAGGACAGGCGCAGUGGUUUGAUCCUGACCAUCCCACUGUGCACUGAACAGACCAGCAUGGAGGAGCUCAGUGCCACUCUGGAUUACCUACUGAGUAUUCCCAGCGAGAAGUGCAAAGCUCGUGGUUUCACCGUCAUCGUCGACGGCAGGAAGUCUCAGUGGAAUAUAGUGAAGACUGUUGUUCUGAUGUUGCAGAAUGUGAUCCCAGCUGAGGUCUCUCUCGUGUGUGUGGUGAAACCUGAUGAAUUCUGGGACAAAAAAGUGACCCAUUUCUGCUUCUGGAAGGAGAAGGACAGGCUUGGCUUUGAGGUGAUUCUGGUGUCUGCCAAUAAACUCACACGCUACAUUGAACCAUGCCAACUUACAGAUGAAUUUGGCGGGAGUCUGCUUUAUGAUCAUUUGGACUGGCUCAACAAAAGAUUGGUCUUUGAAAAAUUCACAAAGGAAUCCACGUCCCUUCUGGAUGAACUUAUAGUCAUCAAUGAAAAUGAGAAGGGAAGCCAGGCAGAGAAGGACAGGUCUUCAGAGAGCAACAUCCUGCCUUCAUUUGAUCCUGAAACGGUCCUUCAAACUGGACAUGAGUUGCUCUCGGAGCUCCAGCAGAGGCGUUUCAAUGGCUCUGAGGGAGGAGGAGGAGGUGGCACAGCCUGGUCGCCCAUGGACGAUGAGCUGCUGGCUCAGCCUCAGGUGAUGAAGCUCCUGGACUCUCUGAGGGAGCAGUACACAAAGUAUCAAGAAGUUUGCCGACAGCGCAGUAAACGCUCCCAGCUAGAGGAAAUCCAAACCAAGGUCAUGCAGGUUGUGAAUUGGCUAGAGGGUCCUGGCACAGAGCAGCUCCGCACACAGUGGGGGAUUGGAGACUCCAUUCGCGCGUCUCAGGCCCUGCAGCAGAAACACGAGGAGAUUGAGAGUCAACACAGUGAGUGGUUUGCUGUUUACGUGGAGCUGAACCAGCAGAUCGCAGCCCUGCUGAGCGCAGGAGAUGAAGAGGACCUGAUGGAGCUCAAGGGUCUGCAGCAGCAGCUCAGUGACGUCUGCUACCGGCAGGCCAGCCAAUUAGAGUUCAGACAGAACAUCCUGCAGUCUGCCCAUGAGUUCCACAUGACCGCACAAGAUUUGUCCCAGCAGUUAGACGGGCUGUUAGGCAUGCUGUGUGCAGAUGUCGCCCCUACAGAUGGAGCUGCGAUCCAGCAAACUCUAAAACAUCUGGAGGAGAAACUCAAGAGCGUAGAGGGUGCCUUGCAAAGCUUAAGAGAAAAAGGCCAAGUACUGCUUGACCAGAUGUCUACCCAGACGUCCUUUUCCUAUGGCAAGGAUGUAAGCAUUGAGAACAAAGAGAAUAUCGACCACAUUCACAGUGUCAUGGAGGACAUGCAGCUCCGCAAACAGAGGUGUGAGGACAUGGUUGAUGUCAGGAGACUCAAGAUGCUGCAGAUGGUACAGCUCUUCAAGUGUGAGGAAGAUGCAUCACAGGCGGUGGAGUGGUUAGGAGAGUUGCUCGAUGCUUUGUUGAAGACUCACAUCCGACUGGGAGAUGAUUCGCAAGAAACCAAAGUGCUGCUGGAGAAACACAAGAAGUUUGUGGAUGUUGCACAGAGCACCUAUGAUUACGGUCGCCAGCUGCUGCAGGCCACAGUGGUGCUGUGCCAGUCUCUGCGUUGUACCACCCGCUCCUCGGGGGACACGCUGCCCAGACUCAACCGUGUGUGGAAACAGUUCACAGUCACGUCUGACGAGAGGCAGCACAGGCUGGAGAUGGCCAGUGCUUUCCACACAGCUGCGGAGAAGAUUCUGAGAGAAAGCCCUGAAUUAGCUGAGCUGAUGGUGGAUGUGGAGGCAUAUGAAGAGGUGGAGACGGUGGGGAAAGGUCUUCUUGACAGGCUCACUGUGCCAGUCAUUUUCCCUGAUGGGAGCGAGCAGUUCUUCGGCAGCCCGGGCGACAUGGCCUCCUCAGCCGAAAGCAUCCGUGAACGGAUGAAACUAGUGGAGGAAAAGAGAUUCCUACAGGAAGAGGCGGAGCAGCGGCUGGAUGAGGAGGCUCUGGAGGCGGGGCCCAGGGAGAGUUGAGAACCCCAUACUCUCUUGCAGGAAGUGUUGCAAUCGGCAGCGUGUGCAUCUCGCUGCUCUGCCGGCCCGGUCCAGAAGUGACCCCGAUCACCCGCCGUCUCUGUUGUACUCCACCUCACCAAGCCAUCUUAACUUACCGAGCGCAGUUAAAGAUAGUCUUCACAGGCUCGUGUUGCAUUGCCUGUGUGGACAGCUGAAUACUAAAUCGACCACACUACUUUGAACUCUCGCCUCCCUACAAAGCUUUACCUUACCUGUCGACUCUUUCUCCUCCCAGUGAGGUGCCUUGAGCUUGUAAUGGUGCUACUAAACCUAUAGAAUGUACAUAAAGCGGCAUCUUUACCCCAUGUGUACCUGGUGCUCUAGAUUUGUAGGCCUUUCCUGACCGUAAGCAUUGUAUUUUCUAUUUCUUUCUUUCAGUUGCUUUCUGUUGAGAAUUACCAAACCUGCUCUCUUGUGUCAGUAUAAAUAUCCAUCCGCAGGGCCUUUUGCUGAAAUGACUGAAGAUGGUGUUUAAUGUAGAACUGGUAUUGAAACGGGACAUGACAGCACAUCAGAAACUGAAGCUGUUGUAGUUCAACCAUGAAGGUAUAAACAAAGCAAAGCUUUAAGUUCCAAUGUAGAAUCGAUGUUUAGAGCUUUGUUUUGACAGUAAAAUAUGACAUGGAACGAUGUUUCAUCUCAUAAAUUGUCAGUCUAAUGCGUACGCUGCUUGCAUAUGGAUGCAUGUCAUAAAAUAUUAAUUCCAUAUUUAUUUUCCUUUUUUUGUACCUUGCAUACCAUUUAAACUGUAUGAUGCUUUUUCCAUUUUUAAAGGCUAUAGUGUAUUUUAUGAAAAUAUAAGUUGUAUAAAAUGAAGAAAAAAUUGCGCCAUAAGUCAGGAGAGGAAAGGCUGUCUCUUUUACGACGUCAUGAAGCUGGCAGGUUGUUACAGUUUACAGGACUUUGUUACUGUAUGUAUGCUUUGCAUAAAUCUGCCUCAUAGUGUCCAUUGCUUUACAAGAAUAUUCUAGCACCCUUCAAUAAACAUGGGCAAUAUUGUGUUUCUUGAUUUUUGUCAGUGCCUUGCCAAAUAAUUAGCUGUAUUUAGUUAUUGUGCAUUUAUGCAU